AUGGCGUCUCGCGGAUCCGAGCGAGGUCCCCAGAGGGAAAAUCUUAGGCCCGAACCGAUGCAAAAACCUCAAGAUGGAAGUUCGGGUGCUGGUACAAGCAAUGUAGGUCAAUACUACAGAUCUAUGACCCUUACUGAUUUCCUCCAGAGUGGUCCACCUCAGUUUAAUGGAAAUGUCAAUGCGUUGGAGGCUGAUCGGUGGUUUCGAGAUGUGGAGAGGUUUUUGUACACUCAGCACGUUCCUGAAGUACAAUGUCCCUUGGAAUUUUACGGAAAAUAUUUCUUGCAUGCACUUCGCACUGCAAAGGAGUUGGAGUUAAUGCAGCUGAAGCAAAAGAAUAUGGCUGUUGCUGACUAUACCCGUGAAUUCGACAACCUGUGCCGUCUCUCAAGAGUUUUUCAAGGAAAUCCAGCCGAUUAUGAGGAGUGGAAGUGUGCUCAGUAUGAGAAAGGACUUAGGAGAGACAUCUUUAACUACGUGUAUCCGCAAAGGUUAACGAAUUUCACUAAAUUGGUUAAGAAGAGUCUAUUCGCAGAAAAUUACUCCACGAAGUGGGCGAUGCUACAGGAAGGCUAUGGAGAGACUGCUUCAGACGAGCCACAUAGGGCCGGGCUAGGUGAAUGCUACAAGUGCGGGAAGUCGGGGCAUGUGGCUCGAGACUGUUCACACAGGAAACGCCGGGGUGCAGUCGAAUUUGAUUCUCAGACCCGAGGUAGUCAUAAAUUAGCAGUUGAAUUUCGAACUUCCUUGCAUAUUAUUAAUAUGUGA